AUGAACAAGUUAUUUCAAAGAUGCGCAAGUAUUUUAAACAAAUCGCAAAAUAUUUAUAGAAAUUGUUCAGCACUCGUUUUAAAAAAUGAAUUCCAUACGACAUCAACAAAAUUCGAUCUCAUGGAGUUUUUCGAUUCAAAGAAAAAUUGGAGUGAAACUAACAUAAAAGUAGGGCGUUCUUGGAAAUUGGAUGAGCUUAGAAUAAAAUCUAAUACGGAUCUUCAUAAAUUGUGGUAUGUGUUACUAAAAGAGCGUAACAUGUUGUAUACAAUGGAACAUGAAUGCAAUGAAAAGGUUAGGCUGUUUCCAAAUCCAGAAAGGAUUGACAAAGUACAGGAAUCUAUGGACAAUAUUGAAAAAGUAGUAAGGGAACGCAAUAUCGCUUACUACAAGUUAGAAACAGGUGAAACUGGUGAACGCCCUGUGGAAGAUGUCAUUAACUUAAUCGGUCUUCCAGAGAAGUAUGAAAAAAAAGAGUAUGCAAUACCAAGAUUCAUGAAUUCACGGUGGGUCAAACCAUAUUUGGAAAAUGGUUAUAUCAAUAGUGUGGCUGUGAAAAAGUUUUUGAGGUUAUAUAAAGAGAAACAAUAUAAUGAAAAGAGGAAAGCCAAGAACAGGGAUUAUAAUCACGUACAGCAGUUACUAAAAAGAUUCCCAGACUUAGACAUGGAAUUACUUAAAUCUGAAUACCCUGAUGUAGAUAUUGAAAAAGCAAAGCGCACUAAAAAAGCUAGAGGGCACUUUAUGCCUAAAUAUUGA